UGAGAAACUCACCCCAUUAUAUAUUGCUCAAUGUUUUCCUUUUUUCUUUGUUAGAUCGAUUUUUUUAAUUGUUUUACUCUCCAACAAAACAAUUAUAUGGAUCAAACUCAAAAACCGUGCUUAACCGUAACUUUGUUAUGUUGGAUUCAUCAGUGAACUCAUUAUUACUUUCCAAUGAACAUCUGAUUUGCUUAGUUUGCUUAGUCACCACUAAAACAGCCUCUUUGAUAGUAACAAACACAUUAUUAAGAUUUAAGAUCACUUCUCUUUACUCAAAUGCUAUCCAAAAAUGCAAAGUAUAUGCAAUCACAUUUACUAAUAAGAAUUUCUCUUAUUUUGGCCUGAUUAGUUAUCAUGAACAAAUCAAAUUCAAACAAAAACUCGAUAUCUGUUUUGCUCCUAUUUUCUUUUGUUCUUUGAUGUAUUUUUCUUCAAAUUUUCUCUAUAAAAACUUUCUCGUAGAUUUUCUAAGCACUGUUCAUACUACUAUGUUUGAAUUUAUGAUCUCUUUGAACUUUUUGAUAUGCCGACAAGAGUCAUGUAAACCAGCUUUAACACAAUCCUACAUUUAAUUUGAGUAUCAAAAUAACAUCAUUUAUUUAUCCUCACACA